AAAUAAAAGAAUGAAGAUGAGGUCCACCGUCCACGUAUUUUUUGUUUUAAUCCCAGGAUUAUUGGCAUUACUACUUUCCUCCUGCUCAGUAAAGCUGAUGAAACUGAAGCGAAGCGCCCAUUCUAUAGUACCCACAAUUCAGAAUUUUGGAGUGUCAUUUUGUUAAUCACUGACGGGGCUCCAUUCUUUUAUGUCUCUGCUCUGCGGCCAAUAAGGUUUGUAUUUGUUUAGUUGGUUUCUAGAAAUGGUGCUAAGUAUGUCUGCUAGCUCCUCCAUGCAUGGUGGUCUUUUUGGCUCCCUCGUCCCUGUUCGGAGGAGACAUUUCAAGCUGAUGAGGGAUACAGGGUUGAGGUUUGGGAUGCACAGACAAAAUCUCCAGCAUGAUUAUGAACGACUCUUACCCUAUAUUAGUCAAGUUAAACCGCAAGGGUGGCGGAAUGUACGAGCUAAUGUUGGAUGGCCAUUUAAAGGAAAUAAUCAGGGCCUGGAUGCAAAUUCUGAGCGUAGUGAGAGUGCUAAUGAAGAUAUAUUGAUGUUCUUUUUCCAGCUGGACUUAGGAACCCGAGUACAGUAUGCUUUGAACCUGGAUCAGUAUGAUAUUGCCAAACAACUAAGAGAAAAGCUUGCUGAGGUUGAAGAAGAAAUCAUAAGACAGCAACAAAUAAAAAGGGGAUCUACUUCCAAAGGUGAAGCCCAAGACAUGGCUAUUACCAUCUUACGUUUACGAGCAGAACAGCAGGCUGCAAUUGAAAGUGAAAACUAUAACUUGGCAGCUCAAUUACGGGAUGAAAUUUCAAAACUUGAGGCAGAGUCAUUGGCCGCUACAGUAAAAGCUCAGGCAUAUGAAAAUAUUCAGUAUAAGUUCCGAUUGGGACAGAAAGUGAGGCAUAAAACAUUUGGAUAUCGAGCAGUUAUUUGUGGCAUGGAUCCAGUUUGCUGUGAAUCAAAAACAUGGAUGGAGACGGCAAAUGUUGAUAAGUUGAGUCGUGGCCCUGAUCAGCCAUUUUAUCAGGUCUUGGUUGAUGUUUAUAUGGAUCCCAACCUGCUGGUUGCCUAUGGUAAGCGAUGAAUCUUUAGUUCUAACUGAUAGGAGUGAUUCGAUUCCACUGUCUAUACUUCUACUGUUUAUCGUACUUUUGGUUAGAAUCUCCUUCAUUUUUAAGUAAAACUACAUCCUAAGCUUUCCUUUCUCUUUGUCAAGUACCUCUAAUUGAAUUUCUUAUGGUUUCUCAUUCUGUAGUUGCCGAGGAAAAUUUACUUGCUCCUGAACAACCGGACAUGGUGAACAUUACUUUCUAAUAGAAGAGUUUAUCAUCAUUGUUUAACCUAGUAUCUUUCUGAAGUUUAAGAAAUUCUGCUGUGAUCUUUGUAGGAAAGAUUUGAUCAUCCCUAUGCCUCAUUUUUAUUUUAUGGGGCAGACGCUGCCGGAGACUUCAUACCUAUCAAGCAGCUGAGGGAAAAGUACAACAGACCACGCCAUGAAAUCCCCUAUGAUUCAGAGGAUGAGCCGGAAGGGGAAAAUGUCUAGAUCAUCUGAUCCAAGCUUUUGAGCUGAGGGCAACCUUUUUGAUGAUAUCCAAUCACAGAUUCUGCUAUCUUAUAUAUUGUUUCUCUCAUAGGAAGCUUUGAGCAGUUUCACUGAAGCAAUUUAUACUGACAUCUCAGGGGCUUAGAAUGGAGACCCUUUUUUUCCUGAUAGGGAGGGAUUACACAUUUAUGUAUGCUACCUUCUUGGUUAUGUAAAUAUGAUGAACGAUAUGAUAACUCUGAAAUGUUUAACCUAGCAGCUACUACUCAAAUUACUUCCAUAUUUUGGUUUCAGCUUUCGAAAAACUGUAAAUUUGGAACUUUUCCUGAGUUUGUAACAAUAGUUAAUCCAUUGCCCAAAAGAACUUACCAACUAUAAUUUCAGUCUAGA